AUGCCUGGUUUGUCUGCAUUAGCCUUGGGAAAUGAUAAAAUUCUAGGACAAGGUGCAAAUGGGUAUCGUCGACAAGAUUAUCUUUCUCCUCUUCUAAUAUCUGAUCCUGUUAAUAUUGGUUCAUAUUCGAAAUGGAUGACAGUUACGUUAGCUGGUCGUCUAGUCGAUCGAAAACAACUGUCAUGGUCUACUCAAAUUCAUGAAUGUUUUCCAAAUUAUAAUACUUUCAAUAGUGCUUUUCGAAAUGUUACUGUAGAACAAUUAUUAGCACAUUGUGCUGGUAUUCAAAAGACGACAACAUUUUUUAAUCAUUAUGAUUUAGUUUUUAUUUAUCAACAAGCUCUUAUGAUGGAAUAUAUAACGGGUCAAGAAUGGGAAUCAUUAAUUCAUGAACAUAUUUUUAUUCCAUUACAAAUUACUAGUGCUAGAAUUGGUCCAGUUUAUGAUGAAAAUCUUCUUCCUAAAGCACCUAUCGGUCAUGAGUUACCUGUUAAUUCUACAAAACCUAUUCUACGUUCAAUGCUUACUCCACAUAUACUUCAUGUUGAAUAUGCAUUAUCAGCUCCUUUCGGUUUCGUUGCUUGCACACUUCAUGAUUGGACUAAAUUUUUAUAUGCACACAUAAUAGGUAAAACUACUGGGUAUUUAAGUAAAGAUACAGCAGCUAAAUUGAAACGUCCUUACAUAAGUGUUGACGGUGAUGGUCUCGGAGUUGUUGUAUACAAUCGUGCAUAG